UAUCAGUAUAAACUUACCUCAAAGGUCAGCUGAUAUUAACAAAGAAAGGAUGGGGACAGAGGCUGGAAAUAAGAACCUCAGUGGUCUGCCCAUGUAUCAUUUGCGGAGAAUAGGUCCUCCAGCCAGUAAACAGGGCGUGGUCAAUGUCAUGGACUUUUACAGAGUGACAUACAUGAUAGGUAGAAGUGAAGUCCAGGUUGACUUCUACAUUGAUUCUAGCAACCACAUUCAAAGUGCAAGCAUAUCACGUUGUCAUGCACGUGUUGUUCGACAGAAUGGGAAUCAACACAGAUUGUACGAUGACAGCCUGAAUGGUGUCUUUGUAAAUAACAUGAAAAUUGCAGGUAGCUGUGUACUUCGGGAAGGAGACAAAGUGACAUUUGGUCAUCCCUGUGGUGCCAAGCUUCCAGCAGGAAGAAGAUCCCGACAGCCAGAUUCACACCAUCAGUUUAUGUUUGAAACAUGUGGUUGUGAACAAAUAGAACAGAAUGGGAGUGCUGCCACGGGUAAUAAGGAAACAAAAGGAUUUAAGAAGCCAGUAUCUCCAGCCGAGAUGAGUGGCAGUAAUUCAACUAGGAAAUCCAAGAGAGCUGCUAGGAAAACUACACAGUGCUUCUCUACAGAUGAUGUAAGAAAGCUGAAGCAAGCUUGGGAAGAAAAACAGAGUAGCAGUGCCUCUGAUACCUCAGAUGUUGACGAUAUAGCUACGGAGGCUAGUAGCGGACAAACAGAAAUUGUAGCAGAAAAAACUGUCCCAGUAAAUGUUACUGAUGCUGGGGAGUCAAAUGUUCAAAGAAAUGAUGAACCUGGAAAUAUUGAUACUGAGGAAAGAAAACUUGAAAGAACUGACACUGAUGGUCUGUUGGCAGAUGAAAGAAAAGGCACUAAGAAACAGGCUUUUGGAGAGAAACCGAACAGCUGUGUAAUGGAUACUUCAUAUGUUGAUGAUACUGGUUAUGAAGCUGGUAGCGAACAAACAGAAAAUGAAGCAGACAAAAGUGAUGCUGGAGAAUCAGCUGUACUAAGAAAUGACCAUACAGACAAUGCAGCUGUCAGCCGUGAAGAUGAACAAGGGUUUGGCUUUGAUGAUGAAGAGACAUUUAGGAAGACUGUAAUUGGUGAAUCAGAUGCAGAUUCAGUGGUUGAUAUGGUUAAUGAUGCAGAUGAACAGGACAGAGUAUUGGAAACUGAAACAAAUAACGUUGAGAGUUCAGUUGCAUGUGGUUAUAUAGUACAUGCUGAUAAUGUCAGCACAGCAGCUGAAAAAGAUGAUUUAUCAGCUCUUGAAGGAACAGUGAAUUCAAUUAUUAAAGAUCUAUGUGAUUUGCGGGGACAGGUAGAGAAUUCUGUUGAAAAAUCAGAACAUCAGUUCCCUGUAAUAAAAACAAAGUCGCCAACCAAAGAUGCUUGUAUCCAGACAACUCAGAGUGAUAAAACAGUAAGUGAACAACUUGUAAAUCCUUCACCUACCAAAGAUAUGGGAAUUCAGACUAGUCAGGUCUUGUUUUGUGAACCCAUGGACACAGAAGAAAAGGUUAUAGCCUCUGGUAUUGAUAACUCAGCAGGUAUUAGUCAUGUAACUGUUUCAUACCCUUUAAACAGUGUUGCAAAUGCUGUGAUAGGAAGAUUGUCAGAGAUGGAAAAUGACAGUAGUAGUAACCACGGCCUUCAGCGUGAAUCAUCAGAAAUUUUGGAAGAUAAUCUUGCAAUAAACAAUGAAGUUAAUGUAGAAUCUUGCAGCAAAGAAAAUGUUGAUGAAACUUUCUACACAUGUAUUGAAUCAGCCAAUGAAGAUUCUGACCAAAAAGAUGCAGUAGAUGGUGAAAAAACUAUUAAUAGUGUUGAUGAAACUUCCAAUGCAUGUGUUGAAUCAGCUGAUGAAGAUUCUGACCAAACAGAUGAAGAAGAUGGAGAAAAAGCUGUUGAAAAUGAUGAAGAAACUUUUAAUACAUGCAUUGAAUCAGCCAGUGAAGAAUCAGACCAAAAAGAUGCUGAAGAUGGAAGAAAAAGUAUUGAAAAUGUUAAUGAAACUAAAAAUACAUGUAUUGAAUUAGCCUCAGAAACUACUGAAAAGCGGAUGACAUUCACUGUAGAUACUAAUGAAGACUCUGACAUAGAAAGUCUUGAUUUGUGCAGUGAGGAUAAUUGUACAGUCACAGAAAAUGCUACGGUCGUGAAAUUAUCAAAUGAGAUGGAAGCUGUCUCUGAUGUGAAAGAAAGUUCAGAUGGGAGUGAGAGUGACGAGAACAUUGAAUGUGUAUUCAUCCAAUCAAAAGAGCCAAAAUGCAUUGGUAAUAAUGAAAAAGAGAGUGUAGAAGUGGGUGAUGUCUGUAAUGAAACAAAUGUACAAAAACCAGGUUUAAUGUUGUCAGACUCCAUUGAGUAUGAAGAAGAUGAAGAAAAUGAAAUGCCUGGCUUACUUCUGUCUAAUUCUAUAGAAUACAGUGAUGACGACAGUGAUCGGAACAUUAGUGAUUCUGAGGACGAUGAAAAUGAUGGGGAUGAAAAUAAAAGUAGUACUGGAGAUGAAGAUGAAAAAAAUGAAUACAUUGAUAAUGAUGUUUUAAAUUCAGAUAUGAAGUCAAUUAAGGGAGAUAAAAAAUCAGAGUCAGAAUAUGAAACAUGUGAAGAAGUAGUAGAUACUAUUUUCAAUGAGAAUGUAAAACAAGUUAUAACUUUGGAUUACAAUACAAGUGAAAAUUUAGAAGGAAGAACAACAGUUGAAAAGUCUUUGAAUGAAAUGGAAGUUUGUGUUGGUCAAGAAAAUUGUUUGAUAGACACUGAAGUUCAUAACAAAGUUACUACAAAUCAUUCUGAAAUUAUUGAUAGAAAAAGAAAGAGUGUAGAAGAAUUAACUUCAGAUAUGUCCUGUGAUAGUCCAAGAAAAAGACACUGCAGUGAGAACAUGAAUGUUCUUAAUGAAGACAAAGAUGAUGUAAAACACGAGGAAAGUGCUGUCAUAAAUAGUAACAUGUCUGAGGAGGAGGAGGAUGAGAGUUUGUCCUCCAGUCAAAAAGGAUUGCAGAAACUGAAGAAAGGAGUAAAACGAUUUUUCAAAUUUUGGUCAAAGAAAUCUUACAAUAUGAAUAAGAAUGAAUCUAGUGAUGGAGGAUACAUCUAUCUACAAGACAAAGUAGGAGAUUACAAGUUACUUGAAUUUGAUUGCCCUGAUAAGCUUUCUGUUGUUAGUAAAAGUAAAGAUGUUGAAGAUACUAAAAUUGAACAAGUAAAUGUUGAAGGCAGUGAAUGUCAGAGUGAAAUAGAUAGCAAAGAUGUUGGAUAUAGUGCAAGAAGUGACACAGAUUCUCUUCAUAAUGUUGGUAAAAAUAGAUCUGAUGAAGAAAUAGGUUCAAAUGGUUUAGCUGAUAAUGUAGCUGAAGGUAUGGAAGAGGUCAGUGAUCUUAAUAUGGAAACAGCAAAAAUUGAGGAAAGUGCUGCAAGCAAACACACAGGAGAGAUGAGUUGUAAAGAAAUGGUUGUAGAGACUGAAAGUGCUUCUGAAGAAACAGAAGCUGAGAGUGAGGAUUCAGUAGCAGAAGAAAACUCUGACAUCCAAACUAAUAAAGAUUUAGUUGAAACAAGUAUGUGUCAAACAGAUAGUGAGAUAGAUUCCAAUGAAAUGAUUAAGUCAAGUAUUCUUGCAUCUGCAUUUAGAACACCAUCAAAACACUUGUCUAAUACAAGGAAGGGUCAGACUUCGCCAGCUGUUUCACCUGUUUUAAAAGAACUAAGUAAUCAAGAUUUUAUAAGCCAGUCACAGUCACCGGUUAUUGCCAGGCAAGGAGUCACUAAUAGUAACAAAGCAUCUGUUGAAAAUAUCAAAAGUAGUGUUAUACAACUCUUUGGAAAAGAAACUAAUAAAGAAGUUGUUAGUCAGUUGAGCUGUAGGUUCUCUGAUGAUGAUGAUGGUGAUGAUUUUGGUUCUCCAGAAAUAGACUUUAGUCAUCUAGAUGAUGAAAGUGGAGAUGAAAUUGUUGAAGACAGUGAGGAUGAUUCUAACCAAGAUGUUAUUAGCAAGUAUGAACUUAACACAAAUUGUGAUAGUAGUAAAGGUGAAGUGGAAUCUGAAAAUGAGAUUGAUACAGAAAGUAAUGAAAGGACCGAUAUGGAAAAUGAAAAUGGGGAGGAUAUUGAUAAAGAAGAUAAUUCAGAGUUUAAAGGAAACUAUACUGAGAAUAUUGUAGAUAAGGAUGCGAGGAGCUCAGAUACAUUAAAUGUAAAAACAAAUGAUACUGUUGAUGAUUGCACUAGUGAUCCUCUCGAAAGUUAUAUUAAUCAUGAAACAGAGGAUGAUGGUGACAAUGAAAGUAUUGAUGAUGAAAGUAAUGAAAAAGGAAGUAUAUUGGAUGAUAUUGACUUUGACUUCUGUGAUACUGAAUCUGAGAAAGAGAAUGUUGAGUUGCCUGCCAGUGGUAUAAAUGAAGAAAUCGUUCUUGAUGUAGAUGAUGAUGACAUAGAAGAAGGAUCAGAUACAAAGCAGGCAUUGAAGAGAAAAUAUGAUUCAGAUUCUGAUUCUGAAGAUAGGUCUCCAAAGAAACAUCAGAGUCUGACAAAAAUAGCUAAAUUAGAAGAUACAUCUACUCCGAAGAAAGAAAGCAAUUCUACAUUUACACCAUUCAAAACUCCAACUGCUAUGCUUAAAGCUAAACAGUUGAGAACACCAGGUUCCUGUCGGCCAUCUCCAGAUCAUUGCUCCAGCACUCAGCUAAUGGACAAUACCCAGACACCGGAUUUAGACACACUAACAAUGACACAGGUUACAAAAGUCACAGAACAGCUAGAGGUGAAGGCUGGUGAUAGUUCAAGAUCGAAAGCCUCUAGAAACAAAGCCAAAGACCUGCUGGAGAAACUGAAAGCAAAAAGGCGUAUAAAGGAGGAGGCUUUAGAUGAUUUCCCAUCAUCAAGUCCAACAGCAGAUUCAAGUCAAAGUACAGAGAUAGAAAUAUAUAGCCGGACAGGAAAUAGCCUAAGAACAGAAAGAACACAGGCCCAGGCAGUUUUAGAAGAUGUCAACAAACAUGUUAACAGUUGCCGUGAUGUCAUCAACAAAAUGAAAUCCACGUUUGAUAGCUGUAAAUCACUACAAGGAAAUCCUCGAGUAGUAGCGUGGAGACGAGAACUGUUGGACAUAGAAAAGAGACUGCAGUUUCCAAAGACCGUGAUUGCUGUAGUUGGGGACACUGGGGCUGGCAAGUCAAGCCUGAUGAACGCAAUACUGGACCAUAGAAGUGUUCUACCUACCUCUGGUAUCAGGGCUUGUACUGCCGUAGUUGUUGAAGUGGUGAAUAAUAUAGCCAGUUCAAACUUCGAAGCAGAUAUAGAAUUCUUACAAAGACAGGAAUGGAUGGAAGAGCUACAGAUCCUACUUAAGGACCUUACAGGGCUCGAUGGUACCGUAAAGAACCGGCCACCAGAUCCGACAUCAGAUGCUUUUGUAUCGUACUGUAAGGUGAGGGCUGUGUAUGGACGCAUAGACAGGUUUGAGGUCCUGGCGAGGCUUACCACUGUGACUCACUGGCUGGGCAGGGUAAAGGUCAUCAAAUCUAGCAAGCCUGGUGAUUUUCGCCGUCAAGUAGAGAAGUACAUUGAGACACAGGAACCUGGAGCUGGUGGUCAGUACUGGCCCAUCGUGAAACACGUACGACUGAGGAUGCCAAACUGUAAUGUGUGUAGUAGUGGAGCUUCUCUCGUUGAUUUACCAGGAGUCCGGGAUUCUAAUGCAGCCAGAGACAAAAUUGCUAAAGAGUAUUUGAAGAACUGUACAGCUGUGUGGGUCGUGUCCAGUAUUCAUCGUGCCAUUGAUGAUAAGACGGCUAAAGAUUUGUUAGGGGAGAAUUUUAGACGUCAGCUUCUCAUGGACGGACAGUAUGGCAGCAUUGCCUUUAUCUGUACCAAAACUGAUGUUCUAAUGCCAUCUGAGAUAAUCAGACCACUAGAAUUAGAAGACCAGACAAAAGAACAUGAAGAUCAAAUUACAGAAAUGGAAUCGGAGAAAAAUGAACUAGAACUCAGAAUAAGCAGUGGUACAAAAGAGAUGAGAAAGUUGACAAAGAGCAUAGCCAGCCUGAAAACAGAGGCCAAGGAACUUCGUGACAACCUUACCGAGCUUGGGAAUCUCAUUGACUCCACAGAUCUGGACAACAGUCAGUCAGAAGAGAAAGAAGCUAUAGAAGAAUAUGAAAAGGAACUGAAGGAGAAAGUGGAGGAGUUAAAUGAAGCAGAAAACCGAAAGGAUGAGUUACAUGAUGAGAAAGUGGAGGCUACACAAAAGACUCUAGAAUUAGAGAAGAAGUUAAAUGUUCAUCGUAAAGCUAUAGCUGCCAUUUGUGCUCGGGCAAGAAAUGAGUACUCCAAGACACAGAUCAAGCGAGAUUUCAAAGCUGGAUUGAAGGAGAUGAAGAGAAGAGCAGGAAUGUUAAAUGAUGAUGAUGAUGAGGAAGAAGAUAUUUACAGUGAUGAGGAUGAUGAUGAUGUUGGCAGCAGUGCUGAAAACCUGAAAGUUUUCUGUUGUAGCUCGACAGAAUAUCAGAAGAUGAAGAACUUACUAACAGAUGAUGGCCCUCCGCAGGUAUUUAAUUCUCUAGAAGAUACUCAGAUUCCAGCAUUGAGACAGUAUGUCCAUGAGAUGACGAGUGUCCGGCGCAGGCAGUGGCUAGAGAGAUUGAUAAGAAAUGUUGGAAGAUUUGUAUUUGAUCUACAGAUGUACGUUUCUGAAGGUGGUGAUAUGAAAUCAAGGGACAGAGGUUUUGCCAAGUCAGCGAUUGAUUCAGAACUCCAGAAGUUUGAUACUGCUCUUGCUCCAGUCUUACAGCAACUUACAGCGGACAUUGAUGGUGUGUUUGAUGGCAGUGUCAGACAGAAAAUGGAAGAAGGGGCCAACAAUGCUGCCAAUGAAGCCAGCAGUACCUGUACAAAAUGGGGUGCUCCGGUUAAUCAUGAUCCUGCAAAGGACAAGAGAUCUGGUGGUCUUCACUGGGCGACGUACAGAGCCACUGUAAGAAGACAAGGUGUUUACACCUCUGGUUCAUACGGUUCUGUAGAUUUCAAUGAAGAUUUAGCGGAACCGAUGUAUCGCAGUAUGACCAUUGUGUGGGACAGAGCAUUCAGUGGAAUGUUGUGGAAAAUAUUGGACAAAUUGAAACUGGAAAUCCUGUCCAAGUUGAAGUCAUUUAUAUCUGAGCUCACACCUAGACUGGAAGACCUAGGUAUCCAGGCAAUUAAAACUAUGAGAGUUAGCACUACUCUGUUGAGCAGUGCUUCUAACAAGUUAUCAGAAAUGGUGGCUCAUUUGAAAGAUAUCAUAACGGACAAGCAGCGUGACAUCUCUCGAAUAAUUACUCCACAUGUACAGUCAAGCCUUCUCUCAGAAUAUAACACGAGUGCAGCUGAGAGUGGACCAGGCACGUACAUGAGGAUUAAAGCCUGCAUGUCCAGUGGCAUAGACGCGAAACGUUACACCAUAUUUGAUGAAGCAACACAACAAUUGAUGCAUUAUCUGAUGGAGUUACAGAAUGAAGUUGUCCAGUAUGUACACCAGGUGUGCCAGACCCUCAUCCAGGACCUAAGGACAGCAUUCGAACCUCUCUGGGAGGCCCCAUCAAACACUUCAGUUAUAAGAUCAGCCUUCCGGCAACCAAUCACAGAAGCUUGUACAAGGAUGCACGAUAUAUAUGAUGAGGCUGGAUUAUCACACACAGAGGAGAGAGCCCUGAUACCAUUGGUUUCUGGCACUCCAGUCGGUAUUGGUGCAGCUACAGUCGCAGUCUGCCCUGGUAAGACUGUCAGCAGUGAUGCCAGUGGUUGGCAGACCUUUGAAAAUACCUUUCAGAGGAAACAGGAUACAGUUUACGGUACAAUGAAACAGUGUGGCCAAGUCGGGGUACGAGUGAAGACUGAGAGGUUAAGUCAAAGCUGUCUAUCAGAAACCACAGAAACUGUUUCCAGAGUUCAAACUCUGCACAUUAAACAAGAAAAAACAGAUAAAACUUUUGAUGAAGUUGAACGGAAACCAUCGGCUGUUGACCAGUCUCUGUUGAACUUUGGUUGUCAGACAUUGCAAGAUCUUCAGUGUGGGAAGUUGGAGGUUUCUCCUGUGGAAGUAACAGUCCAGACUACUCCAGUGUCUGUACCCGCUGCACCAAGACCUAACGUCAUUCUUGCGCCUACAGGUCAGCAGAAUGCCAUAAGAUAUAAUCACCCUGGAAGAAUUGUUGUCCCUGUGAACAGCAGGCAGUCUAGUGUAGGAAAUGUUCAGUAUAUAACCCAGCCGAGUCCAGUAGGACAUUCAACUAAAACAUUAGGCAGCUUACCACAGUAUGUUGUGCAAACUUUACCUGAUGGUCGUAAUGUCAUUCAGCCCCAUCAAAUGAAAAGUCUUAUCACAGGACAAAAAACUCUUAUCCCAAAUGCAAAAGGACCUGUUACAAGUACUUUUGUACCUAGUGCGAGUGCUGGUGCACCAAGUUCAGACCUUUUGCUUAAUAUAGCAAAACAAGCCAGCGGAAGCACAUCGUCACAAACACAAAACCUGCAUGCUAUAAAUCCUGUCGGAAGAGUUCAGGCAGCUCCAGUCACUAAUUCUCAAAGAAAGCCGUCGCAUACACCAACACUGAACAUGGUUUUUGGAAAGGAAAAUGUAAGUUUAAAUUCAUCAGCUAGAAACAGUAGUGGAUUGCUGAGUGCUAGUCAGCCAUGUGUGAACAAUUCUAGUCACAGUAAAGGCAAGAAAAAGCAUGGACGUGCCAAUCUUUCUCUCUCCCAGAAAAAUGCCCCUGUUGAGAAGUCUGCCCCAGCCCUUGUAAUCAAGACCGAGCCAGUUGAUAAAGGCGUGUAUGGACGUGUGAAGUAUUUGGGAUCGAUAGACCUAACAGAUGACUGAAUGGGAUAUCUGGCGAAGAAUGAAUCUUUCACCUAACAACAGUUGAACUUCAGGAGUAUUUUCUGCAGUAGAUGAUGGAUUUAAGAGACUGACUGAAUAUCAUAUUUAAGGGAGAAGCUGGGAAGUGCAAUUAACAAUAAUUUGUGAGGAGUAACAGUGCAUCUAUCUUGCACAAAAAGACAUGUUUUAUAUUACUCCAUAGCUGUACUCAAAUUGUGUUUCAUUAUACCCCGUAGCUGCAUUCCCAUUACCGGUAUGUUUCAUUACACCCCAUCUCUAGUCAUAGACAUAGCUAAUCCCCAACAUGUUUCAUUAUACCAUAUAGCUCUAGCUAUACCCUCGCCAUAUUUCAUCAAAGCUCUAGCUAUACCCCACCAUAUUUCAUUAUACCCCCAUAGCUCUAGCUAUACCCCCACCAACUGCUUUAUUAACAUUUUCAACAAGUUAAUUUUACCCACUAGAAAUCUGAUUUAUCACUGGUUUGUUGUAGUUUAGUUAUAAAAUAGUAGCUUUUUUGUAAGUUCUAGCUUUGUUGUUUACAGGAGUAUUAAUAUAAUUGAUAUUUUAUAGAGAAUGUGCUUUUCUUGGUAUAGUUAUAUUUAGUCUUAUUGUUUUGUUUCAUAGCUGUAUAGCCUGUUUUAAAGAGUUUUUAAUGAUCAAGGUGUCUACUGAAAGGAGGUCAAACUGUUUGCAAAAAGACUUGAAACUGCACAUGUACAUUGUAGUAGAACAGGCAUUACAUUUUCCUAUUUAGACUUUAACAUAACAGUUCAUCGUCAAGUGAACAAGGUACAGCGAGAUUGGAUACGUUUUUUCUUUGAAUGAUAAUAUUAUGUAUGGCAAAACAUGUUUAUGCAGUCAUUUUGUUCAAGUAAUUAAUUUCAUUUUGCUUCUGUUUGAAAGCUUUUAUACAAUAUUUCUUUCUUUAAAAUAUUAUUCUUUAUCUUAUUUAACAUUUAAUAAAUUUGAUCAUAUCUG